AAAAUUACAACCGGAUUUGUAACUCACUGGUCUGGUUGAAGUUGAACCGAACGAUAAACCCGAUUAACCAUCUCAGUUCUGAUCAGCUUGAUCCAGCUGUCCACUUUCUCCUACGCACCACCCAACAUGACACGAAAGAUCAAAAAAGAUACAAAUGUGCUCGCAUCACUGGGAUCAAGGCCUAAGCGCACACGAACAGAGGCUAUCCCACCAAGCAACACUCCUUCAAUUCCCAAGUCAAUAUCUGACGCUUUUGGGUUUGUUACUAGCGAUGAAAUCAAUAAUCAGCCUCUUCAAAAUCUCCAUUUUGAUGAUGAAAAUUUGAAUGAUGAUCCCAAUCUAGCUCAGUUUAUGCCUUAUCCUGAAGAACCAGAAAUCGAACCUCAGAUAUCUACUGCUGCCGAUCAAUUUGCUCAAGAAAGCCAAGACUAUUGGAAUUCAGAGGCUCGAGAACGUGAAAAACACAAAUGGUCUGCCAUCGAAUCCCAGAUGACCGCUACUUAUCUUGAAUGUCAGCAUCAAACAAAGAACUGGACUUCUCAAGCCUCCUAUCUGGACGCAGACCCCAUUUGUCAAUGCCCAGAUAAAGAAUUUGUCAUGCAAACAGUUGACCUUUUUGAUCAGUCUAUGCAUUAUUUCAAAAAAGAAAUCUUAUUCUGCUCAUGUAUGCCUCGACCUGUACGGCUCUUACAUUACGGUUAUAUCGCAAGCUCGACUCAAUUUCCGCACACAGCUUUCUCGAUUCCACUCUUACAGUUUCACCAUCAUCUUUGGAACCAGACUGUUGUAUCGAGUACAGGCUUUCUUGGUGCUUUGAUAGCCUUCCUGAAUUCACGAACAGACGGAGUAGAUACUGAUGCACAAACCAAAAACACUUCAAACAAGUUGCUUAUUCAUAAUCGGGACCUGCGAAGGCAAUUUUCACACUCGGUCAAUACUUAUCGAUCAAUCAUGCUGUGUACCAAGCGGAUUUACUCAGAAGGUCUGAAGCUUUCUAAUGCUCAGCUUUUGGCAGACCGAUGUGCGCGUUGUUUUGGUCCAGCUAUCAAUGAAAAGAAGAUUUCGCCUCAAGAGCCAGAUGUCAUAAUUGCCUUAGAUGGUAACUUUCAACAUCGGCACUAUACACGGUCCAGCAAGGAUAAUCCAACCGAAGAAGAGUAUCCUAAUUUAUUUGUCAAGCCCUCUAGUAUGAAGAAAAAUGAAAUUAUACAGAAUUCUACUGAAGGUCUAGCCAAGAACAUGAAAGUACCUAAAUGGCUUCUACGUAGACUGCGAAAUGCCCACACAGUCUCUCUUGAAGCCUGGACUGCUCUUACAAACUUAUCAAAUCAAAAAAGCACCAAGUUUCCUACUAUCACCUACACCAAAGAAUUUCUACGUCAACAGUGGCUUGAUGAGCGCAAUUCUCAAAACUCAAGGUGCCAUAUACAGGAACAACAAAAAAUUGAACUGGGUCGAUUAUUAUACUAUCAAGAGAUGGCCCAAAAUGCUUGGGAUAAAGACGCAAGCAAUACCGAAGAAGGCUACACUAGGCUCGAGGAACACAGUUCUUACAAAAAGAAGAUUGAAAAACAGCGUGCAAAGAUAGGUUCUGAAGCUAUCCUCAAGAAUCUAAAUGCUCACGAACAAGACCAGAUCUUGAAGAUUUGGUACGCUAAACAAGAGGUUCGUGAUCAGUUUGUAGCCAUUUGUGAACAGAAAAGGCCUCUGGAUAUGAGUCGGCGUGAUGGGAAGCAUUCGAGCAUUGGCUACAACGACAAGACACCGCUACUCAAGACACUUCGCGACCAGGCAGCCAAAUUGAAAACAAAACUUGAAAGCUAUCAGAAGUUGUUAACUGCCUAUUCAAUCCAAUCUCCGCAUCAAUCACAACCCCCAAACAUCAUGUACACUGAACUUUUGAAAAUCGACUUCGAUCAUUCAUUCUGGAAUGACGGCUUAUUCACAAAUGGACGUGAACCUUGGGCAAUUGAUGCUAACACACAGCAUGGAAUGCGUCAGAUUGCUUACUUCGAUCGGGCAAAUGAAGAGAUUCGUCGAAUAGGCUGGGAAGUUCAAAGGGUGAUGAGGUGGGCAACCGAUUCACAUAAGUCUCUUUACAAUUAUUUGUUUCAACUUCAAUUGUUCCAGAAUAUCGAAGAAGGGUCUCCAAUGAGCCUUCCAUUGGUUGAACAUCCAACUCUAAGUUCGCUCAGUAGACUAGGUAAGGUUUCAGCGGCACAAGUAAUCAUCAAUGAAAAGCUAGCAAGACUUUUUACUUUGCAAGUAGACUGGAAUGGACCUCUAUUAGAGGUCUUUGCGAGAACACCGCCCCAAGAUGGUGAUCGCAGUCUCCGAACUAAAUGGCAUGAUCAGAUUAAGAAAAUACAAAAUAUCCAUUCAAAGUCUGCUAUUGUAUUGAACCCAGGAAUUAUCACUAUCUUGGAGAAACCUGAUGAUGAUAUUCAGAUGGAGAAUCAAGAAGCUGAUGAAAUAACUCGAGUUGAUGAGCCAUAUGGGAAUAGUGCUGUGUACAUUUAUGAAGAUUCUGAUGAUGAACCUGCAAGCGAUGAAGAUAAUGAUAUUGAGGAGGAGGAUGUUGAUGAAGCACUCAACGGUUUUUCUUGUUUGUCAGCGGCCUAA